AAAGAGGGUGUUAAAGUCACGUGGGUGGUGUAAUUGUAACAUCGAUAAUAACGAAGGCGCCCUAACUAAAUGAAAGUGCCGCUAACUCCGUCGCUAUAUAAAACCAUUCUUAACUGCGCCUCAUUUCUUCAUUCUCAUUACCACAAACACUCUUCUCGUGCUCUCCGUCCAAAUCUCAGAUCUCUCUCUCUGUGAAAAUGGCUUCCUUUACAGCUACCUCCAUCUCAAUCAUCUCUCUCGCCAAGCCCUCACUGGUUCCUUCAGCCAGGAUCAGUAGCCCAAAUUCAGUUUCCCUCUCAAUCAAAGGAAGGAGAUUUCCAUCAAUUACAUUGCAGCCUACAGGACGUAGGUUUCAAGUUACAUGCGCGACGAAGCAGGAGACAGUGCAGAAGGUCUGUGACAUAGUCAAGAAGCAAUUGGCACUGCCAGAGGGUUCAAGUGUCACUGGAGAGUCCAAGUUUGCUGCCCUUGGAGCUGAUUCUCUUGACACAGUUGAGAUUGUGAUGGGACUGGAAGAGGAAUUCGGUAUCAGCGUCGAGGAGGAGAGCGCACAGAGCAUCACCACCGUUCAAGAAGCUGCUGACAUGAUUGAUAAGCUUCUUGAGAGCAAGACAGAUUAAGUCCAUUUUGUAGCGGUUUUCUUUUUUCCUUUU